AUGGAUCUGGGUAUCCAUUUUCUGGAAAUUUCCGCCGACAAAGAUUCUCAAACUCUAAAAAUCAAUAAUUCGGAGCCAAUCCUCUAUGAACGGUUUUCCUACGGUAGCUACUGGUACAGCGGCUCCAAAUCUCACACAAUUUUCGGAAAACCUCCAUUUUUGGCAUUUUCGGAAGAUUUGGAGUAUUUGAUUCAGAAUCAGAAGACGUCAAUUAUUCAAAUUCUAAAAAUCGAUUGGAAGGCUCCAGGGACCAAGGAGACCCCAUUGAAAUACGAAUUCUCGGAAUGGAAAAAAUCGAUAAAUCGAUUUUUUGACGAAUUUGAGAGAAUUCUGAAAUCCAGGGACCCUCAAAAAUUGCUAAAGGUUCGGGAACUACAAAUUUGCACCAGUGAUGAAGAGCAAGUUCUGAAAAUCCUGAAAUUCGUGGACCCCAACUUCCUGAAGACGUUGAAAAUUCUGAAUCCUUGGAAUCUAGAAUUACAAAAAUCGAUAAAAAUCGAGGAGAUUCCGAAAACUGAGCAAUGGAAGAAUUUGGAAGAUGUCGAUAUCAGAUUAUCGAUUGAUUCCAAAAAUUUGGAUCCGUUUUUGGGAUUUUUGAAUGUCACCAUUGUGAUGGAGAAGUGGGAUUUCGAGGGAUGCGAACAGUUUUUGGAGGAAAUAACGUUUUUCCGAAUCCGGGAAUUCAAAUGUUUCGGCUUGCUCGUAUUCUGGAUGAUUUUUCAAUUGGCCAAUCAUCAAAUUUCUUGA